CCCCCCCCUCCCCUUUUGUUCCGCCCUUCCCCCUGUCGCAUUUGCACACACUCGUUCCCCUCCCCCCACCAAAACCCACGCAGUACAAGCCAUGAAGAAGAAGGUCCUGUUGAUGGGCAAGAGUGGCUCUGGAAAGACCACCAUGAGGUCGAUCAUCUUCGCCAACUACAUAGCCCGCGAUACCCGGCGUCUCGGGGCAACCAUUGAUGUGGAGUACUCUCACGUUCGCUUCCUCGGCAACCUGGUCCUCAAUCUAUGGGACUGCGGCGGCCAGGAGGCCUUCAUGGAGAAUUACUUUGCCAGCCAGCGGGACCACAUCUUCCGGAAUGUGGCCGUGCUGAUUUAUGUUUUCGACGUGGAGAGUCGCGACCGUGACCGCGACAUGCAUUACUAUCAGUCCUGCCUGGAGGCCAUCCUUCAGCACUCCAGCGAUGCGCGCGUCUUCUGCCUCGUACACAAGAUGGAUCUUGUCCAGGAGGGCCUGCGUGACUCGGUUUUCGCCGAGCGCGCUGAGGAGCUCCAGCGUCGGUCACUCCCGCUGAACACCACCAUCUUCAAGACAUCCAUCUGGGACGAGACCCUGUAUCGGGCAUGGUCGGCGAUUGUCUAUGCCCUGGUGCCUGAUGUGGCGGCUCUGGAAGCGCGCGCGGCCGCGCUGGCCGACUUGUGCGAGGCCGACGAGUUGGUCCUCUUCGAGCGAGCCACCUUCCUGGUGAUCAGCCACGCGGAGCGCAAGCAGACAGGCACCGCGGCUGGUCUGCCUGGUCCGGGCGGAUCGGCUGGCACAUCUGCCGGCGGGGGGAUUGUUCGCCAUGCUGGCGACGGCGUGCCCGGCAGCAUUGGCGGCGCGGAUCCCCAUCGCUUCGAGAAGAUCUCCAACAUCAUCAAGCAGUUCAAGCUAAGUUGCAGUAAAUCCCAAGCACAAUUCCAGAGCAUGGAGGUCCGCACCUCACGCUUUACAGCCUUCAUCGACGUACUCACGGAGAACACGUAUGCCAUGGUGAUUGUCAGCGAUCCGACCAUCCAGCCCACUGCUACCCGGAUCAACAUUGCUGCGGCACGGGCCCACUUUCAACGCGUGGAGAGCAGCGUUGCCAGCGGCCACCUCCCGGCUCCCUACUACACGUGAGACCGUCGAGUGGGGCACACACUUUCCGGUUGCCUGUGGAAUUUGAAGAAAAAAGAAGAAAAAAUACCAACACACACCCGCUGCUGUGA